AUAUGUACGUAGUACUAGAGAGAGAUGAGAUGAGAGUGUGAGACACAGAGAAAGAAAAGGAGGGAGCUUGAAUUUAAAGGACAAAACAUUUUCUGUUAUCUAAAAUGUUGGGAAGUAGUUACUACUUUCAAACAUUGAGCAAAAAAUAUAACUCUAAAAGACUUGCCAAUUAUUCCUUGCAGUUCUUAAUGCUCACCUCUUCAUCAUCCUUCAAAAGACUCAAUUCUCUGUUGUCAGGUGUAUUGGGAGAUAGAGUAGGGAGGAAGAGUAGUCUAUCAGUGAUGGCGGGUAAUGAAGAUGACACUAACACCGCCAAUGAUGAUGAUGACGAUGAUCAACCAUUUACUCCUUGGGUUGUCUCUGUUGCCAGUGGGCACACUUUGUUGCGCAGCCCGCAACAUAACAAAGGGCUUGCUUUCACAGAGAAAGAAAGAGAUGCUCAUUACUUGCGAGGGCUUUUGCCUCCUGCGGUAUUCACACAAGAACUCCAAGAAAAAAGAACUUUGCACAUACUCCGCCAAUAUCAAGUUCCGUUGCAUAGAUAUAUAGCCAUGAUGGAUCUUCAGGAAACCAAUGAAAAAUUAUUUUACAAGCUUCUUAUUAAUAAUGUCGAGGAAUUACUCCCUAUAGUCUACACUCCAACUGUUGGUGAAGCUUGCCAGAAAUAUGGCAGCAUUUACCGGCGUCCACAGGGACUUUAUAUCAGCUUGAAAGACAAGGGAAACAUUCUUGAGGUGCUGAAAAAUUGGCCAGAGAAGAACAUCCAAGUUAUUGUUGUAACCGAUGGUGAGCGUAUAUUGGGGCUAGGCGACCUCGGUUGCCAGGGUAUGGGAAUACCCGUCGGAAAACUGUCUUUGUAUACCGCACUUGGAGGAGUUCGCCCUUCAGUCUGCUUACCCAUAACAAUUGAUGUUGGCACAAAAAAUGAGACAUUGUUAAACGAUGAGUUCUACAUUGGUCUCAAACAGAAAAGAGCAACCGGAGAGGAAUAUGAGGAAUUGUUAGAGGAGUUCAUGACUGCUGUCAAAAAGAAUUAUGGAGAAAAAGUUCUCAUUCAGUUUGAAGAUUUCGCCAACCACAAUGCAUUUGAUUUGCUGGUUAAAUAUCGAACAAGUCAUCUUGUUUUUAACGAUGAUAUUCAGGGUACUGCAUGUGUUGUGCUAGGAGGUUUGCUUUCAGCUUUAAAAUUAAUUGGAGGGACUCUAUCUGAUCAUACAUUCUUAUUUCUGGGUGCCGGAGAGGCUGGUACUGGUAUAGCGGAGCUAAUUUCACUUGAGAUAUUGAAGAAGACAAAAUUGACUGUGGAAGAGUCUCGACAGAAAAUCUGGCUAGUGGACUCAAAGGGCUUGAUUGUUAGUUCGCGCAAAGAUUCCCUUCAACAUUUUAAACAACCAUGGGCUCAUGACCAUGAACCGGUUACAGGACUUUUGGAAGCCGUGAAGGCAAUUAAGCCAACAAUAUUAAUCGGAACAUCAGGAGUGGGGAAGCAGUUUACAAAAGAAGUUAUUGAGACCAUGGCGUCUAUUAAUGCAAAACCUCUCAUUAUGGCUCUCUCUAAUCCAACGUCACAGUCUGAGUGUACUGCUGAAGAAGCUUAUACAUGGAGCCAAGGUCAUGCAAUAUUUGCUAGUGGAAGCCCAUUUGAUCCUGUCAUAUAUGAUGGCAAAGAGUUUGUUCCGGGACAGGCAAACAACGCUUACAUAUUUCCUGGAUUUGGUUUGGGGUUGAUCAUGUGUGGAGCAAUCCGUGUGCACGAUGAGUUCCUCUUGGCAGCAGCGGAAGCUUUGGCAUCUCAAGUGACCGAAGAAGACUAUGCCAAGGGUAUUAUCUAUCCCAGUUUCAGGAAUAUCAGAAAGAUUUCAGCAACUAUUGCUGCAAAAGUAGCUUCCAGGGCAUAUGAAUAUGGUUUAGCGUCUCAUCUCCCUCGUCCUAGCAAUCUUGUUAAAUUCGCAGAGAGUUGCAUGUAUUCUCCGACCUACCGUAAUUAUCGUUAAUUAUAUAGUUUUCAGGUUAUGUUUGUUUACUUUCCUGUUAUAGUGGUGGUUUUACUAGUCUUCUAAGCGUACAGGUCAUAUGUUGUGCACUUAAAGAGUUAAAGUAUUGUACAAUGUUAUUCAAAUGAUGGUACAGUCUUAUAGGUUUUACAUCUAAAGAAUUAGUUCCAACUUUUA